AUGAUCUAUUUAUCUAUCUAUCAUAUGAAGUUCUUAGUUAAUGAUCUAUCUAUCUAUCUAUCUAUCUAUCGAUUCUUAGCUAAUGAACAAUCUGUCAAGUGCCUAGCUAACGACCUAUCUAUGUAUCUAUCUAUCUAUCUAUCUAUCUCUCAUAUGAAAGAAAUAGAUCAUUAUCUAUCUAUCUAUCUAUCUAUCGUAAGAAACACGCCGGAGAAAACGGUCGCUCUCUCUCUCUCUCUCUCUCUCUCUCUCCCUCUCUCUCCCCCUCUCUCUCUCACUCUCUCUUUCUCCCUAUCUCUCUCACUCUCUCUCUCCCCCUCACUCUCUCUCCCUCUCUCCCUCUAUCUCCUCUCUCUCCCUCCUCUCCCCCUCUCUCCCCUCGACCCCCCUCUCCCCCUCUCUCCCCCUCUCUCCCUCCCUCUCUCUCCCCUCUCUCCCUCCCUCUCCCCCUCUCUCCCUCUCUCUCCCCCUCUCUCUCCCUUUCUCUCUCUCUCUCUCUCUGUGCCCUGA